CCCCAUAAAAAUAAACAUGAAAACCCUAAAUUCUUCUUUAGUUCUCUCUAAUCUUAUACUAAUAAUUCCAUUAAUCGUACUCAUACUAUUAAAUUAUUCAUCCCAUGUUAUAGCAAUUACUCCAACUCCAAACAUUGAUAAUUUCCUACAAUGCCUUUCAUCACACUCAAACAAUGAUCAAUCACAUCCAAUCUCUAAUGCAAUCUACACACCGAAAAACUCAACAUUCUUAAAUGUUCUUCAUAAUUACAUACGAGAAAGUAGAUUCAACACAUCAUCAACCCCGAAACCCUUAGCUAUAAUCACAGCAUUAGCUCCAUCCCAUGUCCAAGCAUCAGUAAUCUGCUCGAAAUCGAACGGUUUAAAGCUUACAAUUCGAAGUGGUGGGCAUGAUUUUGAAGGAUUCUCAUACGUUUCAAAUGUUCCAUUUGUUAUCCUUGACAUGUUCAAUCUAAGAUCAAUAGAUGUUGAUAUAAAAUCUGAGACUGCAUGGGUUCAAUCUGGAGCAACACUUGGUGAAAUUUAUUAUGAGAUUGCACAAUACAGUAAAGUUCAUGCUUUUCCUGCUGGUGUGUGUUUUACAGUAGGAGCUGGAGGGCAUUUUAGUGGAGGUGGGUAUGGGAAUUUGCAAAGGAUGUAUGGAUUAUCUGUUGAUAAUAUUGUGGAUGCCCUAAUUGUGGAUGUUAAGGGUAGGAUUUUGAAUAGGAAGAGUAUGGGGGAGGAUUUGUUUUGGGCGAUUAGGGGAGGAGGAGGUGCUAGUUUUUGUGUUGUUUUAUCAUGGAAAAUAAAGUUGGUUCGAGUUCCGGAGAUUGUUACGGUUUUUAGUGUUUCUAAAACAUUAGAAGAAGGUGCAACAGAUGUUGUUCUUCAAUGGCAACAGGUUUCUACUACUAUUGAUAGGAAGCUCUUCAUUAGAGUGCAACCGCAGGUAAUCGAAAAGGAAGGGAAGAAGACAGUACAAGUAUUAUUCAUAGGGUUAUAUCUUGGACAAACAAAAACCCUAAUUCCAUUAAUGAGCAAAAAUUUUCCACUCUUAGGCCUAAAACCAAAAGAAUCCAAAGAAAUGACAUGGAUAGAAACUGCUCUAUUCUGGUAUAAUAUACAAGAAGGAUCUCCCUUAGAAGUACUACUGGAUAGAACACCAUCUCCUUCUGGUUCUUUCUCCUCAAGGAAAUCAGAUUAUGUCAAAAAACCAAUCACAAGAUUAGGGUUAGAAACAAUAUGGAGUAAUAUGAUGAACUUGAAAUUUGUAAAUGCAACUGUUUUACUUCAAUGGAAUCCUUAUGGUGGUAGAAUGAGCGAAAUCUCUGAAAAGGCAACACCAUUUCCUCAUAGAGCGGGAAAUUUGUUUUUGUUUCAUUAUAUUACUGCUUGGGAAGAUGAUCGAUAUGAAAUAACUCGUAUAAAUGUUGAAGCAACUCGUCAACUUCAUGAUGCCAUGACUCCUUUUGUGUCUAAAAACCCAAGAGAAGCUUUUUUAAAUUAUAGGGAUAUUGAUAUUGGGAACAAUAUGAAUGGCACUUUAGGUUUUGCUUUUAAGUAUUUUAAGGCUAAUGUUAAUAGAUUGUUGCUUGUUAAGGCUAAGUUUGAUCCCUCUAAUUUCUUUAGCUAUGAGCAAAGUAUACCACUUUUACCAAAGAAACACUAAUAAACUCAAACUCAGAUUUAGAUUCAUCAUAUUCUACUAAAUCAAUGAUCAUAUUCUACUAAAUCAAUGACGUAUCUGAUAAAAUGUGUUUAUAGACGUACAAUUAUCCUUUAUGGUAAUUUUGUUGUCAAAUGUUCGUAUGCAUUAUAAUUCUUGCUCCAUUUGUUGGUGCACACUGAUGUAAAAUAAAUAAGUUGUAACACUAUGUAUAAAUGAAUAAAUUUUCUUGUAAUUUUAUUUAUGAAAUAAUGUUUUAGAUUAUA